AUGACUGCACCAACAGCACAAGAAUUGCCGGAGGCUCCUAUCGAGCAUGAGGUAACUGAUAGCCCUCGCCAAAUGGGCUUCCAGACAUACAGAGAAUACUACAUGUACGGGUCAACGUUUCCCUCGCAGAAGCAUUUCUAUGAAAAAUUCUUUGAGGAAAAUCAGCUAGCCUAUGAGAGAAGAGGUAACUACACGCAAGCUGGUUCGAUCACAAUGAUAGACAUCUCUGCAAGUGGCUCUGUCUCUUCUCCGCAUGUGUUUCCUUUUCUCCAGGAGGGCCAGACAGACGAGAAGCAUCAGGCGGAGUUCCAACGCGCCACACGGUGUCACGGCAAUGACCUUCGCACUAGAAUUGUGAUAUCGGACUAUUGGAGGCAUACCCUCUUCUACGAUAUCUUUGCCCUGGAGUACGGUCUGGACCCGGAACUUUUGAAAGCAAUUUUCGAUUAUUUUAACCGGCCCAAGGGGAAGAUAUUCGAUCCACGUGCGGUGGCUUCUUUCCUGCCGUGGGAUUCCUGCUCAAAGCAGAAACCUGGGCUUCUUAAUCUUGGUUAUGGACGAUUUGCACUUUUUCUUGAGAGGCAGUGUGGAGCGACAGUGAAGCAUGAUUUGAACAUCGUGUUCAUUUUCUGGACUCCUCCAAGACGGAGCCGAAAUGAUCAAAACGACAUUCCUAUUUCUGCGUCGAUUCUACGCUCUCAAUUUCGCUUUCGGCGUCAAUUGAGCGUGGCUCCAGAAAGCGUUGACCCUUCCACCCCAUUUCAGUUCUUCACUGAUUAUUACGACUAUUAUAACGACUACAAGGUUUUCGUCAAUAUUUACACCACUUUUCUAAUUAACUGGCCUCGUGAUCGAGUAUCUGAGGCCCACCUGAAUGCGAUGGUUUUCCUGGCACCGUGUUUAGAUUUCAAGUUCGCAGAGCUAUACACCAUCUCCACGCUUCUCAGUGAAAGUGACGAGAUCAACCGUGAAUCGCUACAUAUAAUAUGGCGAGCUCUACGGGUUGACAUUGAAGCAAGUGCUGCAAGCCGAGAUAGCUGGGAUAGGUUCUGGGAUCCAACCCUUGGAGAUCAUCAAUCCAGGGACAUAUUUGAGAUUGACCACGACUAUGCCAUAAAAUGUACUAGAAGGAUGGAGUCCCUCUUCAGAGACGAGCAACAGUUGGAAGUCGGCAGGUUAAGCCUAGAGGAGUCGAAAAAGGCUAUUCUGCAAGCGGAGCUUGCGAUCAAAGAGGGAAAACGAAUGAAGAUGCGUGAGUGCUAUACAAACCAUCCAUGGAUAUCCAGAGGUCAAUACUCAGCCUGUUUUGUCUCUACCUAG